GUUAUGCGUAUAUCCCAUUAUAUUGUCAAAGGAUGUGGUGAAAUUAUUGCUUUUGUGAAAUGUAUAUUACAACUUACUAUUAUUUAUAGUAAUUUAACUGUUAAGUGCAUCCGAAAGGUUAUUCUGACAAAAAAAAAUGUCCGCGUCGAAGCAAAAACGUUCGUCGUCUCGUACGACUAGUCUGGCAUCGAGCAGUCGAGCUGCAACAGCGGAAUAUCCGAUUCUUGUGGAAAGCAGUGGAGACGGAACUGAAUCCUCUUUCAACAUUUCGGUUUCACCCAGCCGUCGGACUCGACAAUACGAGAAGGAUACGUUAUCAAAUUUGAACGACCGUCUCGCUGUUUACAUCGAUCGAGUUCGUCAGCUUGAGCUGGAGAAUGAGCGCUUGAACGUACGUAUAAACGAAAGUGAAGUGGUCGAAAAGAAGGAGCGGCAUGAUUUGGUAGCACGUUAUGAGGCGAAAGUUAAGGAGUUGCGUGAUCUAAUCGAUGAUGCUUUGAAAGAGAAAACUCGUGUCAAUAUGGAGGCAAAAUCAGCGCUCGCCGAACGCGAUAAUCUUCGUGCUAGAAUUGGGAAGCUUGAAAAAGAACUGAAGCAAUCUGAAAAGCUCCGUCUAAAUAACGACAGUCUUAUACAGGAUCUCCAGGCCAGGCUGAAUUCUGCCGAUAACAUGAGAAGACAUCUAGAGGAUGAGAAUAAGAAUCUGUUUGCCGAAAAUGAAGACUUGAAGCAACAGCUGGAGAUAUUGCGAAAGCAGGUUGAAGAUGAAGCGCUUGCCAACACUGCACUUCAUAAUCAGAACCAGUCACUGAAGGAAGACUACGAAUUUUUAAAACGAACUCAUGAAGGGCAAUUGGAGGAAAUACAUCGAAAACGACAAGUGGAGAUGACAACAACGGCACGUGAAAUGGAGCGGACAUAUGAAUCACGCUUGCAAGAACAACUUCAAGCUAUGCGCGCUGAAUUCGAUGAAAGACUGAACAAAAACCGACGUGAUAUUGAUGAAACCUAUAAGAACAAGCUUAAUGAAGCAAAUGAAGCUCGCCAACAAAUGAAUCUAGCAAAAGAGGAAGCGGCAAGGUUACGUCUACGCAUUCACGAAAUGGAAAAAGUUGGGAGUGGUUAUGAGAGCCGUAUAGAAGGCCUUAACAAGAAGAUUGCUGACCUAGAGAGUCAGCUGCGUUUUGUGCGCGAUGAUUGCGAUGUUCGUAUUAGUCAACGUGACAAGCGUAUUGUGGAACUCCAAGGAGAAAUUGAUCGUUUGUUGAACGAAUAUCAAGAUUUGUUCGAUCUUAAGGUGCAGCUUGACACCGAGCUGAAAGCAUAUCAGAACUUGUUAGAAGGAGAAGAAUCGCGAUUAAAUAUUUCGCAGCAGUCUUCCGGAAGUUCUCCAACGACUUCACCAUCUGCUGGUGAUCGCUUCAGUUUGUCGUAUGCAGACUCUGGCCAUCGUCGUUCAAUUAAACGAAAACGCUUUAAUGCGUCAGACGACAGUUUGUAUUAUCGCAACACUGCAAAAUCGUACAAAACGACUUCCAACUCAGAUUGCGAUAUCGAAAUAGAGGAACAUGACACAGAUGGGAAGUUCAUAAAAUUGAUGAAUAAAGGCGAAGAAACAAUCUCAAUUGGUCAGUGGGCCAUCAAAAGCAUUGCUAAUGAUAAGGAAACUGUUUACAAAUUCCAUUCUAGACAAACAAUGAAACCUGGCGAUACUAUUACUGUUUGGAGUGCGGAUAGUGGUGAAAAACAUACGCCACCAUCCCAGCUAGUAAUGAAGAAUCAGCAGUGGCCUGCAGGUGAUCGGGUCAAAACAUCUUUGGUUGAUGCGGAUGGCAAUGAAAUGGCUACUAGAGAAAGCAUAGCUGAGCUCCAGUAUGGACAGUUUGUUAGUGAUGAUGGUCAGGAUCCGGAUCAACGAUGUGCUGUCAUGUAGACUGCUUUGAUCAGUUGUCAUAAAUGUGAUGGUCUCGUUUGUUACUUCUAUCAUUACAGAGUUUGAAUGCUUAUGAAGACGAUGGUCACAGAUUGGAUAUUAAUUUAUUGGGAUAGAAAUAAAUGGUUUGGAAAUAGUGACGAAGAGUAGAAAUAGAAACGAAUAUAGUUUAGCAUUUUGGGGAACAUUUCCGAGAAAGAUAAAAGAAAUCGAUUUCCUGUGAUCUGAUCGGGUCUGCUUUAAUGCGGAAUGUUUGUUGUUGUUUGUUUGACUGCCUGUUCCUUACUCCGCAUUACUUUCAUCGUUAAAAGCAUUUUAGUUUGGUAAAUCGCGGAUGAAUGUUAUUGUUCUACUACGUCGUAGUUAAUUGUUGGCUUUCCUAUUUCUAGUAAUUAUUACUGUGCACACAACCUGACCCAAGCCUGAAAUCUUUGGUUUCCAAAGCUUAAAUUUUGAAAAGCGAUAAUAACAAAUUAUUUGUCUACUGCCUAACGUAGAUGUUUACCCCUCACUUGACACUGGUCCUUUUUAAUAUUACGAAGCUGUUGUUAUCGGUUCUUUAUGCCUUGUUUUAAGCAGUCGAUCCAUCAAAUUCAUAAAUCAUUUUGAGUGUCUCAAUU